GUCCUCAGUGGUCAGCACAGGACGUCCUCUGUCAUCCCUCCCACGCAGCGUCCCCAUUGUCCUGCAGUUGCCAGCAGGCCCAUGAUGUGGGUGCUGGCAGCCCUCCUGCUCCUGGCUCCAAGCAGUGGACAAGCUGCUACGCUGGAGAAGCCCACACUGUCUGUGCACCCACCCUGGACCACCAUCUUCAAGGGGGAGCGUGUGACCCUGCGGUGUGAUGGGUACCACCCGCUGGUGGUGGAGCUGCGGCCCAUCAGCACGCUCUGGUACCUGGGUCACCUGCUGCUGCCCUCUCACGGGAGGAGCAUCGAGGUGCAGACCCCGGGGGUGUAUCGGUGCCAGACCCGGGGAGCGCCUGUCAGCGACCCUGUCCACCUGUCUGUGUCCAACGACUGGCUGAUUCUGCAAGUGCCCUACGCCGCGGUGUUCGAGGGCGAGCCGCUGGUCCUGCGCUGCCGCGGCUGGUACGACAAAGUGGUCUACAAGCUGCACUACUACCGCGACGGCCAGGCCCUGCGCUACUUCCCCUCCAGCGCCAACUACACCGUGGCGCAGGCGCGCGCCAGCGACAGCGGGCGCUACCAGUGCUCCGGCACCAUGCGCAUCCCGGUGGAGAGUGCGCCCAUGUUCUCCGCCAAGGUGGCCGUGACCGUGCAAGAGCUGUUCCCGGCGCCGGUGCUGAAGGUGGCGGGCCGCGCGGAGGCGGGCGGCGUCGUGGUGCGCUGCGACACGCGCCUGCACCCGCGGAAGCGCGCGGCGCCGCUGCAGUUCGCUUUCUACAAGUACAGCCGCGCCGUGCGCCGCUUCGACUGGGGCGCCGAGUACACGGUCCCCGCGCACGAGGUCGACGAGCUGGAGUCGCACUGGUGCGAGGCGGCCACCGCUUCCCGCAGCGUCCGGAAGCGCAGCGCCUGGCUGCAGCUCCGGGGCCCGGGUUCGCCCACCGCCACCCCCAGCCCGCAGGCCGCCGCCUUGGCUCCCGGAAACAGGCAGCUUUCCUUCCAAAAGUCCCUGGUGUCCACGUCGGGCCCGUCGGUCACUUCCAUCCCUAACGCCACCUCAGCGGGCCUGCGGGUCCCCACGGGCAGAGCUGCCUCCGUGGCGCCAGCCGCCUGCGCUCCGCGGACGCCCCUGGAAGAAGCCGCGGGGGCCCUGAGACCCGACGUGGACCAGCUGCUCCGAGAAAUGCGGCUGCUCAGAGGCCUUCUGAGCCGCGUGCUCCUGCAGCUGAAGGGCCCGCAGGCCUUCCCCGAGCGCGGGGCGACCCUCCAGACGCCCCCUGCCCGCUCGGCUGGCGCCCCCGGAGCCCCGGAGCCCUCCGCUGCGGGGAGCUGAGCGGCGGCCCCACGCCCUCUCCAGGCCCACGCGUCCCGGGGCUUUCCCUCCGCGUCGCCCAGACCUCGCGAAGCCGUCUGCUCGCGGCCCUUGGUUCUGCUGUGGUUUUUCGGAAGCACAUAAAGUGUGGUGGGGCGGAUUUCAGUCUCGGAAGCUUAUUUGAGCGGCUUGUAACCACAAGGCCUCCCCAUCGCUUCCUUCCUUCCGCUCACAGAGUUCAGGACGGAAGUGGGAAGCUGCUCCUUAUUACUUGGAGGUUUACGGUUGGAAGUGAAUCUGGCCAU